AGCGCAACGCCGCCCAUCGAACGCGACGCGACGCGACCGGAGAGAACUCUGACGUCAACACGUGAGCGGCUCGACCCGAAGCGGGAAAACUAGCAUUAGCCUACACUCUAAUAAACUGCACACAAAACUGUGAGCAUUCAACGAACUUGAACUCAGAGAGGAAGCAAGCAGCCCACUUCCUAUCGUCAUGGUAACAGCAUGUGAAUGCGUUGAGCCAGAGCAGCGAGCUAGAGAGAGACAGCGAUAGAGUGGGAACAGCAUCACACGGCACGGCUCGGUCUCCAGGGCGAAUGAAAGGUAAGACGAAGGGUACGAUUUUGAGGACGAUUGGGUUUGGCCAUCCUCAGAGAUCUGGGAAAUGUGCUUUACUGCAUUUAAAGGUUGUGCAUGUCAAGCUUGAAGGAGCUAAUGGAAUAUCUCUGCAACAGAUUCAUGGGAAAGUGCUGAACCAAAAUCGAAGAUGGAAAACACAACCUUGGUUUGCUCUGCCCAAGGCUGGCGUGGCCCGAACGUUUCAACCUUUUCAUCCGAGUGGGAUGAUAGCGUGAACUCCUUCCUGACGGCACCUGACGUGAUCAAACCCCCUCCACAGUUCCAGGAUCCAGAGGAGCCGAGCCAGGCAUCACCCACUAACUCUGCUGCGGUGAUAAGACGAGAUAAAGACUGCGUGAGGAAAGAGCGUAGGAGUCGACCGGCCAGCAACAUAGAGCUCCACAGACGCUCCUUGUCACUUUCCACCACCGUCAACUCCAACCCUGCCGUGGCUCGGCGUCGGUGCGAAAGCUAUGCACUUUCUUAUCCCAGCAGCAGCUCGGAGGACAGCGGCAGCGACAGCACCUCCACCAGGAGAGGAGAUCGACUCCCGGAUGCCGUGCCGCGAUCUAGAUCUCGGAGCAUCGUCCUUAAGAAGUCCACAAGGAAACCGGCUCCACCUGUGCGAACAGUGUCUCUGCAAAGACUCGCAGCCGAGCACAAAUUACAGGGGCUUCCUUUGAAAAAAGACGCCCAAAACGUCAUGAUACUGCCAGAUCUCAUUCCAACCUCAAAGCAAGAAGUCGGUAAAGUCAGCAAGAAACCGACAGCUGAAGCACCCAGCAAGACACUGAAGAGCGCUUCCUCCAGUCACCGAGCUCUAAAUGAGCUUCGAUCCAGCGAACCCUGCAAGUCGGGCUUAGUGGCAACCCCAAUAAAGGAAGGUACCCCUAAUAGUUAUGAAAUAAACACAUCCCCGUCUUCUUCCCACUCCUCACCCUCCCAGCCUUCCAUCUCUUCUCCUUCCAAACGCUUCGGGUCGAACUCGCCAUCGAGUGGCUAUGCGAGCCAAUGCGAAACACCCACUCAAUCAGUCCUGUCCUCAGGACCUUCUCAGCUGGGCGGCCGAAUGCGCCAUAAGCCUUCCAGCGUUAUUCCCGGUCAAAGGGCGAGAAACCGCAACGCGAGGCUAUCUCUUCAGCUCCCUGAACCUCAGCAGCACGCUCCUGACCCAGAGCCUUCCAAAGUAAACCGCCGCUACUCAGACAGCACCGAAGCCACCAGACCCAAGCAAAGGAUGAGCAACAGCUUGUUGAUCAUGCCCAUGGUUACUCAGGAGGAUCUGAACAAUGUACGCUUGCGCUCGGUUAGCAGCACCGAUCUUGAGAAUGCGCAGGAUGCUUCAGUCGACGUGAUAGAGGAGGAGAUCUCUUUAAGCCCGACAAAUCAGCAAAAAGCCAAACCUCCGGUGGCUCCCAAGCCCCAGAGGAGUAAGUGGCCGCCCAAUGCCAAGGUUCAGCCACGUUUGGGAACGGCUUCCGAUCCAGAACCGGCGGCAGUCAAACCCAGCGAGAAACAGGAAGAUAUUUACGCGAUGAUUAACAAAGUAAAACCCACAGUGACUGUACCAGCACAUCAUCUGAAGCAGCAGAAGGACUGCUACUUUUUGGAAGGACAUUCUCCACAGAGAGAGUCCCAUCAGCCACAGAAUCCAAACGUGCUCCCCUACAACACAACCAACCAAUAUGAACUUCCCAAGAAGCGAAGAGCCCCACCACCGCCUCUGACGAAGACACCAGCUGUGGACAGUUCACUUUAUUAUAACUCAGCUUCUCAGAAAAGCCCCGAUGACCCCUUGUCUCCAAGUAAACUCAAGUCCCCGAAGUCUCCGAUGUCUGCGAGUCAGUAUCAUGUUACACUAUAUGGCGUCAUUCCAUCUUACCCUAUGGUCAUUGAGCAAGAGCACUCUCAUGCACCAGUUACUAAUACAGAUCAGCCAACUUACGAUGUAGAGAAGAGGGACCGAAUGCCUGACCUUGGACCUCUACAACUGGUAGGAGAGGAAGAUGAUGUAUUUCUUUACAAGUCCAAAUCCCAAACAACGGAGGACCUGUUUACCAUAAUUCACAGGUCUAAAAGAAAGCUCCUGGGACGCAAAGACUCCUUUGAAAACAAGCCGGGUGACCCGGGCACUCAGACACUCGGCAGCGGAGCGUCCAAAAUCAGUUCUCAAAACGACAACUUCAUGGCUUUUCUCAGAAGGACAAGAAGUGCCAAGGCUAGUUGCGGUGAGCGAAUCUCAGCCACGGAGCUCCUCAGAAGCUCCAAGCCCACGACUACCAUCGCAGCAAACAUGACCCACUGCAAAAAUAGCUAUGUACAGUCACAUGGUCCCUAAAGCACCUUUUUUUCCCAGUCAUGUUUUAUAUCUAAAUUAGUUUGUGACAAAUGCCAUGUUAAAGUUUCUGGAAUAAUAUAUUAAAAGUAUCGGCUUGUAAAUAUUUGCUUUUGUUUUGAAUAAAGUAGAACAUUGAGAAGUUAAGACGUAUAUAUCUUCCUGAAACGCGUACGUUGUCGUGAAAGAUAACAGAAUGAUUCACCUUUGUAAAUUCAAAUAUAGCUUUAUGUGUUCAUGUACAUAUAAAUGUUUUAAGAGUUGAGAUGCUAUCCUGAGGAAAUAUUAAAGUUCUAUUCACUAUGCUACUGGAUAUUUAAACAUAAAGUAUUUGUUGUGUUUCGACUUCCUGCCUUCUAUGAGGAAGACUAUUGUAUAUCAAUGACUGUUUUAAAGAUGUUCCGCUGUAUAUUUGCACACGUUCAGUAUAUUAAAUUACUUUUCAGAAGUAA